CCUCCGGCGGAGGCUGACGUGGAGUCAACAGCGCGGGCGGCCGCGGGAGGCGGCGGCGCAGCUGCUCGGAGGCGCCGGGCCCUCUCGGGGCCGCGCGAGGCCCGGGCGGCGGCGGCGACGCGACGCGACGCCGCGAGGAGGAGGAGGAGGCGGCGGGGGUCCAGGAGGCCGGCCCGUGCAUGGAGGAGGAGGCCAUGAACGGCGACCGGACUGAGAGCGACUGGCAGGGGCUGGUGAGCGAGAUAAGGAAACAGUGGCUCAGACAGGCUAAGGAACUUGCACAGAGCCUCACAUCUGAUGGCAGGCUCCCCAAGGAAGGAGACCAUGUCUGAUUCAACUUUGAGUCCGCAGCAACUGGCUUGGUGUUUCUUAGAGUAUGGACUACAGAUCACCUGCAUCAGAGUCAUUUUGGGUGCCUGUGAAAAAUUCAAGUUUAUGGGUCUCUUCCAAAUUUACUCUAGUGAGUUGAAUUAUGUAUCCCGCUCCCCUCGCCUCCCCGCCAUAGAUGCAUCCAAGACCUAACCCCAGUAGCUGCGAAUGUGACUUUAUUUGGAAAUAGGGCCUUUGCAGAUAUGAUCAAGUUAAGGAUCUUUAGAUGAGAUCACCCUGGAUUUAGGGUAGGUCCUAAAUCUAAUGACUAAUAUCUUAGAAGAGAAAGGACAGAGAUUUAAGCCACAGACACACAAGGGAGCAGGCUAUGGGAAGACGGAGAUGCAUGAAAGGAAGACCAUGUGAAGACAGAGGUAGAGAUUGGAGUGAUGCAGCCACAUGGCAAGGCAUGCCAAAGGUCGCUGGCAGCUCCCAGAAGCUGGAAGAGGCAGAUUCUCCCUCAAAGUCCCCAGAAAAAAACAACUGCUGACACUUUGAUUUUGGACUUCUGGCCUCUAUAACUUACCUGGUGUGUAAGAGGAAGCUGGAGAGUAAGAAGGAAGCCCUGCUGAUCCUCUCCAAGGAGCUGGACACCUGUCAACAGGAAAGGGACCAGUACAAACUCAUGGCCAAUCAGCUCCGGGAGCGCCACCAGUCACUGAAGAAGAAGUACCGAGAGCUGAUUGAUGGAGAUCCAUCACUUCCUCCUGAAAAAAGGAAACAGGCUAAUCUUGCACAACUAUUGAGAGAUUCUCAGGACCGAAAUAAACAUCUGGGAGAAGAAAUUAAAGAACUUCAGCAAAGGCUUGGAGAAGUCCAGGGCGACAACAAGCUCUUGAGGAUGACGAUUGCCAAACAAAGGCUCGGAGACGAAGAAAUCGGCGUGCGACACUUUGCAGCCCAUGAGCGUGAAGACUUGGUGCAGCAGCUAGAGCGAGCUAAGGAACAGAUUGAGUCUCUGGAGCAUGACCUGCAGGCUUCUGUGGACGAGCUUCAGGAUGUUAAAGAAGAGCGGUCUUCCUACCAGGACAAAGUGGAGAGGCUCAACCAGGAGCUGAACCAUAUCCUGAGUGGGCACGAGAACCGCAUCAUUGACGUGGACGCCCUGUGUAUGGAGAACAGGUACCUUCAAGAGAGAUUAAAGCAACUCCAUGAAGAGGUCAACCUCUUGAAAUCAAACAUUGCCAAAUACAAGAAUGCUCUGGAGAGACGGAAAAACUCGAAGGGCCAGGGUAAAUCCAGCAGCAGUGCUCUGACAGGAGUCCUGUCUGCAAAGCAAGUUCAGGAUCUGCUAUCUGAGGAUCAUGGAUGCAGCCUCCCAGCUACUCCGCAGUCCAUUUCUGACCUGAAAUCUCUGGCAACAGCCCUGUUGGAAACAAUCCACGAGAAAAACAUGGUCAUUCAGCACCAGAGGCAAACCAACAAAAUCCUAGGGAAUCGGGUGGCUGAGCUGGAAAAAAAAUUAAGAACUCUGGAAGUUUCUGGUUUAUGGAGUCUUCCAGGCCUGAGCUACAAUGUUUCAGUAGGAUUUGGGAGGGGCAAGGACACCAUACUGUUCAGCGACCCCACUCUUCCUAGUGGACAGAGGUCGAGAUCCCCACUGCUGAAGUUUGUCGAGCAGCCCACUGAGAACAAAGCAGAUCCCAAGGAUGGGGAGGCUCAGAAGCAAGAAGGAGAUGAAAGUUGUGCUGCUGCUGAGGCGUUGACAGCGCCUGAGGAUGCUGGGAGGCCCGCUGUCAACUCCCCAGCAAAUCAGAGCCGCGGGAACCAAUGCAAGCUCUUUCAUCCUUCAUUACCCCAGUUACCUUCUGAGGAAGAAGUAAACAGCCUUGGAAGGGAAAUAAUUAAACUGACAAAGGAACAGGCAGCUGCAGCACUGGAAGAGGUCAGAAGAGAGAGUCCCAUAGAGGGUCAGAGGAGUGAGAUAGGGCCAGCCCCGCCGGGCCUGGCCAUCCACGGGGAGCUCCCUAAAUCUCACCUGGACUCCUUCGAGGCCAGCCAGCCAGCAGCUGAAGCUUCCACACUGGAAGACAGCAAAGGGAUCCCAGAGGGUGGAGGCAUGAGGAGCACCAUGAAAACCUGAAGGGGAGAGGGAUCUGACACAAUGACACAUUGAAAGCCCCAGAGAGGGUCAAGAAUGAAGCAUCGGAACGGCGCGCCCACGUCGCCUUCUCCUCACACACCUCCGAGUCUGCAAGUGAGAAAACGCGCUGAUCCUGUUGCAAACUGUGAAUAUUCUGAUGAUGCCAGUACAGUUUGAUUUAUUAAAUGUAGGUCCUCAAGCUUCUCAGUGUCAUCUCUUUUCUGCCAGAGAGUGCUACUGUGAACAGGGCCAGGCCCAGGAAUCGUGUCCACCAUAUGGCUGGUUUUCAGCAUCCGUCUUUCUGUCAGCUUUCGUUUUAUCAGAGAUAAGAUGUUUUUGUAUUAGCAUUUAAUGUUGUCAAUCAAAAUUAUGGGAAGAGCUAGAAACUGAUGGGGUUUUUAAUCAGGUCCCCGUCUUGGUCAAGGUUAGGCAGCUGGAGAGGAAGGUGUAAUUGAGCAGAACGUGUCCAGAGGACCCAUGGCUGCACCCCAUCAAGUCAGGGCCCGGUAGGACUGCCUGGCAUGGGUGUGCUUGGCAUUGUGCCCACAGCACUGCUGUCGUGGUGCAGACUGGCAGGUGGAAGGGGCCUUAAGCAGGCUGAGAAGUUCGGGCUUCUGGAUUGAAAUCCACGGGCCUUGUUGGGGCUUGUGUGCUGAGUGCCAGAGCUGGAGUUUUCUAGCUUGUAAAUCUGGAGAAUUAACUGAUCUGAAGUGAUUGGGAGGGGUGAGCAUAAAAGCCGGAGAACAGGACUCCCAGUGGUGGUCUGAUUUUUUGUGAGAUGAGAUGAGAGCUACCACCUGGAAAUGCUCAUUCUCUGCAUUCAACCUGUCUCACAUACAGGAUUGUGUGGCCAUUUCAGGUUUGGGAACGAUCUACCUGCUGGGAGCCAGUCUAGUUUCCCACACCACCUGGAACUUCCAAACCCUUCACUCCUUCAACAGAAUGUUGAGGCUGCCUCAUUUGUGCCACCAAGUGUGGGAAUCUUAAAGACCAGAAACAGAGCUCAUGACCUUUUAUGGGAAAGAGAGAGAAAAACAAAACAACUUCGCAACAGCAUGGCAAGGGGGGAUGUGGAACCAAGGACAUGAUCCAGGGAUGGGAAAGGAGGGCAUGCUCAAUCCUAGCUGGUUCUUUCCUUUCAGAUAAAAAUGAGCUUUUCUAGUUGGCAUCCGGCACUGCAGAAAACUAAAAGUCAUCCAGCCAUAGCUUUUUCCUUCCCUGGAAAGCCUGAGACUAGAUCCCAAAGCUCAGAAUGCCUCUGAGAACCAGAAUCACUCCUUUGAGAGGCACCUCUUGCAGGAAAAAGAGAGGCUCCCAGAGUGGUAGCCUCUCAGUGAAAAUGCAUCCUAAAAAUUCAAUGUUUAUACGAGGCUCGUGACACUAAGAUGUGACAUCUGGACAUGAGGGGCCAGCCACAUGGAUAUAUCCCACCCAGAUUGCAUCUCCAGGAAUCACUCUGCUAGCAGAAUGGGUGCCCCAUCCCUUACUAUGCUGCUCCUCCUCAAAGUGCAGCCCAGAAGGACCCAGGCCUUUGUCUGAUGCACACUGGGUGGGCCUCCCACUACUUUAGUUGAAAUGGGAGCAUGCUGGAGUCAGUGUUCUGUUGCUUCUGGUGAGGACAUCCCAUUGACCCCGGCUACCGGGUCCAGUGUUCCAUCCUUCCUUCUGUCCCAGCCUAUCACCCUCCCCACCAGACCCACCCCCACAACUUCUCCUCAAGGGAGGUUGCUCCCGCAGCUGGAGGGCUUGCACAGACCAGCAGUCACAGAAAUCAUUCUUCCUGCUGGACUGGGCCUUAACUGCCUGCAAAUGUCCAGCACUACUGCAUAGGAUGCCAGAGCCGCUGAAGGAAAACACAGCCAAGUUUAUAAUAAUAAUAAAAGGAAAAAUCUCAGCCUGCAGAACUCUGGUUUUGACCCACCGUCGGCCAGAUGCACAUCUUCAGGGCCUGUUAAGCACCUUCUGAAAAGCAGGGCUUGUAAUAGACUCCAGCACAUUCCAUCAGAGUCAGGAAAACUGCGGUGAGUCCCAGAGAAUCUAGGGUGCAGGGCAGGGAGCAGGAGUCAUAGGGAGUGAUAACCUAAACUGUGUGUAGUCAGCUGGGAGGGUCUUCUGUUAUUAGGUGAAAUGAGAGCCAGUAAGUUAGUUGAUCCUGUCACAGAUGUAACCAUGAUAACACCCCAUAGAUACUUGACACAUGUGUCCUGCCCCUGCUUUCCCCCAUCCAACAUGGUUCUUCUGUUCCACAGACAUUAAAGGGGUUUUCUGCAAUUA